GAGCAUCAGUUUAGGAGCCUCUUUAUUUACCCUUAGUUUAGUUUAGGUGUAGCGGAGCGCACAGAAAUCGGAUAAAUUGGACGGUGCGCAAAUGGCACAUUUAGCUCAGCUGUAACCCGAGGUUGAGGGAAUAUAUGUCAAAAAAGUAUGCUUUUCUCAGAGGACACUAUUGCAAGAUUUUGCAUGGUGUCCGAGGCGCUCACUAGCAUUUGAGUUUUAUUUUUUUUAGCGUGCAAAAAAUCCUGCAAUUUAAUUUCUCCCCAGAAGUUCUUUUUUGCACAUUUUAAAUUGCAGAGGCGACAAAGGGGUUAAAGCGCGUAAAGGAAAGUGAAUCAGUAUGGAAGAAAAUGAUCAGGGCAACAGAGACGUGGUGGUGGAGGAGUCGGCGGAUGAAUCCAACAGAGAUGAGUCCAACAGAGCCAUCCUCCCCAUGCUCCAUCAGCCCGGGAACCCGCAGAUCCCGCACCGGGUCACCAAUUUCUUCAUCGAUAACAUCCUGCGCCCGGACUUCGGACGCAAAAAGGACGGUGGAGAGACCCGAGGAUCAGAGAGCAGCCUGAACCUCCACAGCCCUGCUCAGACCGAGCCGGUGGGGGGGAACACGGUGCCGGCGGAGGGCACCUCCACUCCUCACACUGUCACCGGGACCAAGAAGCCCCCUAUAGCCGAGGAGGAGCCCCUGAAAGCCCGCAGAGAGAAAGGAGACCAGUGCCUAAGCUCAGACUCAGACAGUUCCCAAGCCAGCUCGAACCCUCCCCAGUCCAGUAAACCCAUGCUGUGGCCGGCCUGGGUUUACUGCACCCGGUACUCGGACAGGCCUUCUUCAGGGCCAAGAUCUCGAAAACCAAAGAAGAAAUCGACCACCACCACCACCACCACCACACCCACCACCCCCCCAACCAGCAGCAGCAGCAGCAGCAGCAGCAGCAAAGAGGACAAACGACCACGGACGGCCUUCACUGCAGAACAGCUGCAAAGACUAAAAACCGAGUUCCAGACGAACCGAUAUCUGACGGAGCAGCGGCGGCAGCACCUGGCGCAGGAGCUGGGCCUCAACGAGUCCCAAAUCAAGAUCUGGUUCCAGAACAAGAGGGCCAAAAUCAAGAAGGCCAGCGGGGCAAAAAACUCUCUGGCCUUGCACCUGAUGGCACAGGGACUUUACAAUCACGCCACCGUCACGUCCAAGGACGAGAAAUCCGACAGCGACUGAUCAGAGGUCUGUUAGCCAGCCCAUAAAGUCCUCUGGUGAACCCGGAAAUGUUGAUAACCUCAACGUUUUAUGUUAAACAUUUAUAGAUGGGGUCCCCAGCACAUAGCAACUGCCGGAAGCUAACCUGCAUAUGUUGGGCAAUUUGCGCAAUUAGCAUACAUUGUGUUAAUUAGCAUGAAUUACGAUUAUAGCGAUUAUGUGGACAAUAGUAAAAAAAAAAAAGGCUUGGCCGAUUCGGACAGUUAUGGAGUGAUUUUUGGGGGUAAUUGAGUCAAUUUCUGACAUAAAUGGCAAUAGUUUUACUCUGUGGGCUGAUUUUGAUUAGAUUUUGGAUCGAUUUGGAAGAUUUAGUCGACUCUUGAUCAUUUGGAUUGGACAGAUUUCCUAUUUAUUUCUAAAUAUAUCAAAUUCAGUCCACAGAGAGUACAAAUAUGGCCACUUUCUGAUUAAAACUGCAAUUUUGGAUCCUGAAAAUGUCAGAAAUGCAUUAAAUAUCCUCAAUAACCCCCAAAACCACUCAAAGUGUCCAAAUCGGCGAAGCCAUUUUCAAACUAUUGUUUAUACGCAACAAUGCCAUUCAUUUUAAUUAACGCAACGUAAACUAAUUGUGCAAAUUGCUCAACAUAUGCAGGUUAGCAUCCGGCAGUUUCUGUGUUCUUGGGACCCUUACUAUACAUUUCUAUCAUUAAACGUUGGGGUCUCAACAUGUCGGGUUCCCUAAACUGGCACCAGGACCACAGAGCAGCCUCCUGACGAACAGACGCUAUAGUAAUCCUACGAUAGAUUUUUAUAGAGAUAUCACAGCAAAACUACAGGAAAUAUUUAAAGAAACCAGUAUACUGCUCACCCACUACAGAUAAAACCGUCCCUACAGAAUGUCAGUCUCUAUAGCCUCCUGCAGGAAUAUUAUAGUGGGGUUUCGUUAUAUGGGAGGGGUCUGUCAAGCCUACAAUGCAAUAAUCUCAUCGAAUAAAGGGCCAGUGUAGAGAAUACCAGCAUCAAUUGUUUUAAAAAAAUAAAUAGAGAUAUUUCUACAAUAUCACGUCUAUAAAAGAUGUUGUAUAAAAGUCAUUGUUUGUCCCCCCCCCCUCCCCCCCAAUAUGAGGUGCUCACACCCUUCAUUUUUUCUAUAGGCCUCUCAUGAUUGUCAUUUCUCCAUGGCGCUAAAGCUGCGAUGUGUCAGUGAAGUGAACAAACCGAAGUCCAAAGAACAUUUGUGCUGCACCCAGGCUACUGUGAAUUUAAAUAAAUGCUAACACCACUUUUUAUUAUUAUUCCCAUAGUGCUUGUUGGUUUGUGUUUCAAUGUGAAAACAGGGCAGAGAGAGGAGGGUGUUUUUAAAUGUAAUUGGGCAGACAAUGAAUUUUGAUACGUUUUUAAAAAGUGAUUUUUUUUUGUCUAACGCCACUAAAAUGCUAAGCUAGGCUAAGCUAGGCUACCCCCCUCCAAUGCAUCAGUGCAGCUGUUGUAGUUUAACCAGCAAUAUGAAUCAUUUUGUAGCUCGAAGGCUCACUCUGUAGCAUAAAGACAAUGAUGACCCCCCCCCUCCUUCUGUUCUAGAAUAGCCUCUACAAAUCCUUCUCUAUAUACAGUUUUAUUACAUUUAUCAUGAAAAAGGCAAAUCCAUCACUGACUGUAUUACAAAUCGUUGUUGAAAGGACUUAUGUGUAUUUAUAUAGAUUAUAUUGAGAAAAUCUAUCCAAUGACCAGUGUUGCUUUAGAGUAGAUAUCUGAGGUGUUCACACUGCUUGUUUAUCUUGCAAUAACUUCCUUUUGUUUCUUUUUGUUUUGUGAAUGAAAAUAGUUUAUGGGGCCUUUUUGCAUGAAAGCUGCAAUUUGUUGUACUUGGGGGGGCAAAAAUAACUGUGUUUAUAAACUUUAUCGACGGGAGUAUGAAGUUUUAGACUGUAUCCAUACCAAAUUGUGGACUUUUCUGCCUUUUUCAAAGUGUUUUUGUUGUGUAUCUGCAAAAAGUGUGUGUGAAUUAAAAUCCACCAAACAGAGACACACUUUGCCUUAAAGUUCAAGUGUGAACUUUUUUUCUGAAACAGAAACUGUGCCGAAUCAGAGAAGCAGUAUUACUUCAAAUGCAGACUAUUCAAUGCCUUUAUGAAAACACUGCUGGUACGACAUUAUGAAUUUACUCAUCAGCGUAUAUCUAUCUAUAUAUGAACAUGUUUCAAUGAAAUUACAACACAGAGUUGUAGAAGACAAUGCUAUUUUUUAUUUUAUGUUGAAGUAUUCUUUGGUAUAAGUGUACAUAAUUUGUAUCAUGUAUUAAUUGUGUAAUUAACUGCCUCCUGAACACUGCAAAAGAAGAGUUAAUAAAACCUUGAAGAUUAUACACAAA